AUGUUGUUAAAACACUCUGAUGCCUUGAUAAGCGCUUUCGUUUUGACGCUCUAUUAUGUGGGCGUGGUCGUUGGAAACGCAUCCGACUUUGUGACCAAGUCCGAUCUGCGCAGGACCAGGCGUGGUCAUUCACUAUCCCGCCCUGGGGGCCUGAUAAUGGAAGGUAUUGGUUAUCAGUACACAAUGCGCUAUCAGCCGGGUUUCUACCUUACCAAGCUGGCCCAGCAGGAGGCCGAAGAUCCCCCACCGGCGACGGAGGCUCCAAUGCCCAUGCCCAUGCCAACGCCAGCUACACCACCGCCGCAACCAGCUCCCACUGAAGCCGAGGAACCGGAGCCCACAAUUCCAAUGCGUUCAACAUCUGCACCCACAGAGGAGCCUCCACCUCCACCAGCUACGGAUUCCAUGAUGAUGAUGCCCACGCCGAGUAACCCGCCCAAACCCAGUCCCAGUUCCGGUCCUCGUCCUAGUCCCAAGCCCACGAUGAGACCUUCAGUGCCUCCAUUGCCUCCGACCAGCACCAAAACCUCCAUCAUGCAGCCCCAUCAGACGCUGAAAAACCUCCUCUUUGGAUCACCUAUUGAGGCGAAUUUGAUACUGAAAAAGCCAAAUGCACCUCGCUCCAAGGGCAAGGGUUUCCUCAGCCUGUUCGAGGUGAUAAAGUUCCCGAAUACGCGGUGUAGUGUGUCCAUGGGUGACAUCCGUAGCAUGGAGGGCGUCUGCUAUCACGAAUUCGAGUGUAAGACUGGGGGGAUUCCCACCGAGAGCUGUGCCGAGGGCGUGGGCGUAUGCUGUGUAUUUGUCAACGGAUGCGGUGAUGUGACUAGCCAGCAGAUUCUCUACUUCGAGAGUCCCAACUAUCCCAAUGCAGUGCGCGAAAUGAUGAUAUGCGUUUUAAUAAUCAACGUGAAGAAGGGGGUCCAGCAGCUGCGACUGGAUUUUCAGAUGUUUGAGCUAAGUCGUCCCACCAAUGGAGAUUGCCUGGAUGAUCAGUUUAUUGUCUCAGGUCACAACACAAACUUUCAGAUUCCCGUUCUCUGUGGCAUUAACACAGGUCAACACAUUUAUGUACAUGUUGGCGAUUCUAACGAGGGCAAGGUGUAUCUCUCGGUGUUCAUGAAAGUCUCCGGCGGAGGACGUUCAUUCAAUAUAAAGGUAACCCAGGUGGACGAAAACCUGGCACCAAAUAAUUGUCUUCAAUAUUUCACGGAAGGAGAGGGACUAAUAAAGUCAUUUAAUUAUGAUUCAGAUGGUUCAAUUGUGGACAAUCGGGAAGCCACUUACUUCAACAAUCUAAACUAUGCCAUUUGUCUGGCGAGAUUGAAGAACGUUUGCAGUGUGAGUUACAACACCGAGCAGUUGGGUGGCGAUCAGCCUGAUUUUCAAAUUGUCAACAAAGAUGAAGCCGAGAACGAUUUGAUCUCUGAUGGUCAGGCUGGGGCUGGAAUCUUCAACUGUCCGGAUGACUUUAUAGCCAUCAAUUCGGUACCGUUGUGCGGAGAGCGAUUCAACGAUGGCCGGGAGACCGACGAUUACACCGUGCACGCCACUGUGAGGGACACCGCCGCAGGACCCAUCAUCCUGCCCUUCCGAACCGACUCGGAAUAUGUGGGUCGCGGCUUUCGUCUGCUCUACAGACAGGAACUGUGUGUCUGA